AUGAUGAAGAGGAGUAGAGGAGAAGAGAUUGAAACUCUCAGAAAAGUUUCCCGAAAAUGUUAUUUAGAAAAGCGAGAAGAAAAGAAAUUACAACAACUCAGAGAUGACAUAUUCGAUGAACAAUAUCUAUUCGAAGGUGUCAAGCUUUCCGAAUAUGAACAUCGUGACUUUGAGCACAAGAAGUAUAUUUAUGAAGUAAUUGCAAACAAGGUAGGGUUAGAUGCUGCCGGUAAGGAUGAAUAUAGAUUGCCGGAACCAUACGAUGAUCUCCACCAAAUUGGAAUUAAUCAAGAAAAGAGGUUUUCUGUGGCUAUGCAACGUUACACUGAUCCAAAUUCUGAGAAACAAGUUCCUUGGGAAGAAAGUCAAAUCAAAAAAGCAACAUUUAGUUUUGGAUCCAAAAAUAAAAGCACUAAUGAUGACGAUAAUUACCAGUUUGAGUUUGAAGAUCAAAUUGGUUUUAUCAAAGCAUCACUGAUGGAUGGAGAUGAUUUCGAACAAAAGAUUGCAUUGGAAAAAUCUAGAGCUAAGAGUUCAGUUUUAGAGGCUCUUCAACAAGAGAGAAAAAACCUACCUAUCUAUUCUUUCCGAGAUGAAUUACUUCGAAGUGUUCGUGAUCACCAGAUCAUUGUCAUUGUCGGUGAAACUGGUUCCGGAAAGACUACUCAAAUUCCUCAAUAUCUCCAUGAAGCUGGUUAUACAAAGGAUGGAAGGAUGAUUGCGUGUACUCAGCCGCGCCGUGUUGCUGCUAUGAGUGUUGCCGCCCGAGUUUCCGAAGAAAUGGGUGUUAAACUAGGGCAUGAAGUUGGUUAUUCCAUACGAUUUGAGGAUUGCACUUCCAAGAAGACCGUCCUUAAAUACAUGACAGAUGGAAUGUUGUUGAGGGAAUUCCUUGUUCAGCCUCAGUUAGAAACUUACAGCGUCAUAAUGGUGGAUGAGGCGCAUGAAAGAACGCUCUCGACGGAUCUUUUAUUUGGCUUGUUGAAGGAUUUAGCACUUGCUCGGCCUGAUCUUAAGUUGCUGAUAUCAAGCGCUACUCUUGAUGCAGAUAAGUUCAGUACUUUCUUUGAUUAUGCUCCGAAAUUCAAUAUUCCUGGGAGGCGGUAUCCAGUUGAAAUCUACUUCACCCAAGCACCAGAGGCCAAUUACUUGGAUGCCGCCGUAGUCACCACGCUUCAAAUCCAUGCCACUCAACCUUCUGGAGAUAUAUUGGUAUUCCUUACCGGUCAAGAGGAAAUUGAAACAGUGGAAGAAAUCUUGAAGUAUCGCAUGAGAGCUUUCGAGGCUAAAAUCGGCGAGCUAAUUAUAUGCCCUAUAUAUGCCAACCUACCAACUGAAUUACAGGCUAAAAUAUUUGAACCCACACCUAAAGGGGCUCGAAAGGUUGUGCUCGCAACCAAUAUUGCAGAAACCUCGUUGACAAUUGAUGGGAUCAAGUAUGUCAUUGAUCCAGGAUUCUGUAAGAUGAAGAGUUAUAAUCCAAAGACUGGAAUGGAGUCUUUACUGAUAACUCCAAUCUCAAAAGCUGCUGCAAAUCAAAGAGCCGGUCGUUCUGGAAGAACAAGCCUAGGUAAGUGCUAUAGGCUAUACACUGCUUCUGCCUUUGAAAAUGAGUUGGACGAUAACACUCCUCCGGAAAUACAACGGACUAGUCUCGCCAAUGUACUGUUAACCAUGUACAGUCUCGGUAUCGAUUGUGAGAAGUUGAUGCAUUUUGAAUUUAUGGAUCCUCCGCCAGUGGAUUCCAUCAUCAAAGCCAUGGAGCUUUUAUAUAAUCUAGGUGCUUCAAACAAGCAUGGCAAGUUAACUAAGGUAGGUAGACGGAUGGCUGAGUUCCCACUUGAUCCUAUGUUGUCAAAAAUGAUUGUUGCUUCAGAAAAGUUCAAAUGUUCUGACGAGAUCAUAACCAUCGCUGCCAUGCUCUCAACCGGAAACUCAAUAUUUUACCGGCCAAAGGAUAAAAAAGUACACGCAGACAAUGCAAGAAUGAAUUUUCACACCGGAGAUGUUGGUGAUCACAUUGCGAAUCUAAAGAUCUACAAUUCAUGGAAGGAGGCCAGUUAUUCAAAGCAAUGGUGUUAUGAGAACUAUAUACAGAUAAGGAGCAUGAAACGUGCUAGGGAUAUCCGUGACCAGCUUGCAGGUUUAUUGGAGAAGGUUGAGAUCGAGCUAACUUCAAAUUCUAAUGACUUAGAUGCCAUAAAGAAAUCCAUAGCGUCUGGAUUUUUCCCUCACACUGCAAGACUACAAAAGCAUGGAUCUUAUCGACUGGUGAAAGGUCAACAGACUGUCCACAUACAUCCCAGUUCGGGGCUGGUAGAGAUUCUUCCUAAAUUGGUUUUAUACCAUGAGCUAGCACUCACAACUAAGGAGUAUAUGAGGCAAAUCACUGAGAUAAAGCCAGACUGGUUGCUGGAGAUAGCCCCCCAUUUUUACAAUCCCAUGGAUCUUCAAGACUUGAGCUCCAAGAAAAUGCCUCGUGGAUGUGGACGUGUUUGCUUAUAG